AUGCUCCUCACUGCGAUCGUCAUCGCAUACGUUGUCCUCUACGCGUUCGCCUUCCAGCUGAAUCCUCCAUGGAAUCUGCUUGAGAAGUACGGCAAAACUGCACAGCAAGCCAUUUCAAUCAGUACCGAUGUCCCACUCGACCAUUGGCUAGAAGAGCAAGAGCAUAUCGCCAUUGACAAAUUGCUUGCAAACGUCGCGCCCAAAGGGCAUGAAGCACAGAAUGCGGCAUGGGGGACUGUGAUCGCAAGUCCGUCCCGCGAUCAUCCCAACUACUUCUUUCAGUGGAUCCGAGACGCUUCUAUCACCAUGUCUACCCUCGUGGACAUGUAUGCAAAGUCCCCUUCAGCCGACUUGUCUCUUAUAAUAUCGGCAUUCGUUACCCUUCAAUACAAGAUUCAGCACAUUGAUAAUCCGUCGGGCGGCUUUGACGAUCUAGCUGGGCUGGGAGAACCGAAAUUUCUUGUGAAUGGCUCGCCUUUCAACAGGAAUUGGGGUCGACCGCAACGCGAUGGUCCCGCCUUACGCGCAUUGGCUCUCAUGGCCUUCCUCCGAGCUUACAACGCGACGCACCCGGAUGCUUGGACAGAACCAGAUAGGCAUCGACUAUCUAUAUUGUAUGACCCAUCAAUGCCGCCCAAUAGCUUGAUAAAAGCGGACUUGGAAUACGUGUCCCGCUACUGGAGUAUCGAUGGCUUUGAUGUAUGGGAGGAGGUAUACGGCUUGCAUUUCUUCACUGCCAUGGUCCAGCUCCGUGCACUUCGUGAAGGCGUCGGUAUUGCUAUUGCGUUUGGCGAUUUUGGAGCCGCAAAGUGGUACGACAAACAAGCUAGGAAGCUGUCAGCAUUUCUCCACGAGUUCUGGAGCGAAGAGCGGAACCACCUUAUUGCUAUCAAGAAUACUGCCCGUUCUGGACUUGACUGUGCCCUUCUCUUAGGAUCGCUCCAUGGAGAAUCCGAGAUCGAUAUGCCUUGGAAGUCUCCUUAUCCCCCUCAUUCUGAUGAAGUCCUAUUAUCCCUUCUUGCCUUGACCCAUGACCAAGCAAUCCGCCAUCCUAUAAAUGAACCACAUCGGGUUCCAAUCUCUGGAUUCGCAGCAGCGGGCCUUGGACGCUAUCCAGAGGACAUCUACGAUGGGUACGGUACGACGCCAAACGGUGGCAACCCUUGGUUUCUUUGCACAUCGUCCGCUGCCGAAGUCAUGUUCCGCACGGCUUCCCAUCUCCUUUCUCAACAUAAUUUACCAGUCACUGCUCUUGGCCUGCCGUUUUGGUCUGGACUCUUAUCAAACACCAGUUCUAUUCCAGAUCUUAAAGCUGGCAUAGUGUACAAUUCAAGCUCGGAAGUCUUCAAGACAGCCAUGGAGAGGCUGAAAAGCAUCGGAGACGACUUCCUUUACAUUUUACGAACGCAUGCGAAUGCAGAUGGAAGUCUUAGCGAGCAGUUUGAUCGCGUGACAGGGUUUGAGAGAGGUGCGCAUGAUUUGACGUGGAGUUAUGGAGCCUUUUUGCAGGCUUAUUGGGCUAGAAAGCGGUUGGUUGCUGCCUUGAUUCCAGAAAAGUGA